AUCAUUAUAUUAUUGUUAUGAUUAUUGAAACUUAUAUAAUGAAAAAAUAAUAUCAGUAUGCUUUAGUGUUAUCAAAAAUGUUAUCUUCAAAUUAUAAAAUUAUUUUUUUCGCUGCGGUAUUUUGUUUCUCAUGGAUCGAAGCAAUACCAACCGGAGAUGUCGAUGAAGACUACUUCAACUUAAACCUCAAAAACACAGUGGAUCCACACGAUUGCCCUGGAAAUGCAUCUCUUAGCGGAAUGGUACUAUCUUGUGAAGCUUAUUGCGACGAUCGACAUCCUAUUUUUUGUAACAAAUACGGUUUAGACGACUGCUGGUGCAUUGAAGGCUACAUCAGGAACGCAACUGGCGAUUGCAUAAGAAUCGAAGACUGUCCUAAUAUCGAGAUAGAGUCUGCAGAAGAAUCGGAUAAUAAUUCCUCCGAUGAGAAAGAUUGGCCGGAACUCGAACCACCGAAGAUUGAGGAUAUAACCGGCGAACUCACUGACGAGGAACGGCAAAAGAUACUCGAAGAAAUUUUUGGAACUCCCGAUAAACCUCCAGUAGAAAUCGUUGAAUAAUCAUGAAUCAAUUUA